AGCAACCCAACGUCCGUAGGUCCAGGACAGCGUUUCCCUCCUCUUCCAACGCGGGGAAUGCUCGAGCUCACCUCCUCCUCCGCCGACGAAGUGAGGGAAACAAUGGAGGGAACGGUCGACAUCUCCCACCCAUCAGCCGAAAACUUGUUCUGUGCUUUCCUCGCCAUGGAAUCCACGGAUUGGUUGCUUCAGCUUGCAAGGGAAUCUGGUGGAGGAUCUAUUACCGUCGGAGUCCAAAGUUUCAUAUUGGAGCAUUGCAUAAAAAACAUCAUUGUCGAGAGAUAUCCUCUCAGAGAAUUGUAUGUGAAAAGGUUUCUUAAGAAGAUUAUAGUUGCUGUUGAAUCAAGUUGUCUUGAAGUGUUGGAUGGGUUAUAUGGGCAACUAAUGCUUUAUAUGAGUUCCUUCAAGGAAGAUAAUUAUUUUGAGUCCAAAACAAAGGUUUGCAAGUGUAUAUCUUUUAUUUUCCCUGAUGGCUUUCACAAGAGUUCACUUACUAUGAGGUCAGGAAAAUUGUUAGUACCACUAAAGUGUUCGUUGAACAUGCUUGAAGGUGAUACUGGGUGUUGCAUCUGGCCAUCAAGCUUUUUCUUGUCAGAGUUCAUACUUUCCUACCCGGAAGUGUUCUCAAACAAGUGCUGCUUUGAGGUCGGUUCAGGAGUUGGACUAGUUGGUAUUUGCCUUGUCCAUGCAAAAGCCUCCAGAGUGAUAUUAAGUGAUGGAGAUUUGUUGGCUUUAUCUAAUAUGCGACUUAAUUUGGAAAUGAACCAUCCUGAUGUUUUAAGUGAGGUAGAAGGACAAAUGGAGAAGGUAAAAUGUCUGUUUCUGCCAUGGGAAUCUGCAUCUGAGAGUGAACUGCAAGGUUUCGAUGCUGAAAUUAUUGUGGGUGCAGAUGUAAUCUACGACCCAUUAUGUGUUCCUCAUCUUAUUCGUGUUCUUGCUAUGCUUCUGAAGCCAAAGAGAUGCAGCUCCCAUCAGCAAGCUCCAAGUUUGUGCGAAGAAUUAGAUGGCGUUGACAUUCUUCAAAAUAGUGACCAUACUGAUCAGUUUCAUCAGGAAGAGAUAACUUGUUCUGAUGGUAAUGAUCUCUUUAAUGAAACCGGAAGCUUCUGCUUCAGUAGACUAAAUGCAACUCCCGGUUGCGGUGAAAAUAAGAACCAAUCAAGCUGCUUUGAAUUGAAACCAAGUAAUAGAAGCCAGUUAGACGAGACAGUUGAUCAUGAAAUCAGUCGUAAUGGUGGCAACAUGGAUUAUGGGAGGAAUCACAGCAGCAAGCGAAAGCGCCCAGUUGCAUAUAUUGCAACAGUGAUCCGCAACAAGGAGACAUUUGAGCAUUUCCUCUCGCAGGCUGAAUAUGCUCGCCUUUCUGUCGUCGACAUUACUGAACUGCAGCCACCCCUGCGUUUUCUACCUUACAUGCAUUCCUAUGAUAGAUCAUGUGUCCGUUUGCUAAAACUUUACUCACCGUCUUCAGAAGAUUCCAUCAUGGUGGCUCAGGAAGUGGAGGUCAUCCAUUCGUGGUCGGCUCCAAGAUCGUUGAGUACCAGUUUAAUGUACUCCUUUGCUCAGAGGGAUGACAUAGAAGUGCUUGACGAACCUCUUUAUGCACAUUUUCUCAAGGUUACUGGUGCAGAAAGGCCUUAUCGGGCAGAAGUACUCUCCAACAUGGACUCUGAUGGUGACAAGGUUGUUAAAGAGGUCAUAUUUGGACCUGGAGAAAAGAAAUAUCGUUAUUGUAAGCACAUGGCAAAACAACGUCUCCCUGGCCUACCAAGAGAUUUAAUGGGAAAUGGAAAACAUUUCAUUCUGAUAAGGAACCCACUUCAUGUUCUGCCUUCCUUUGACAAGGUUGUUCCACCCUCUUUCCUUGAAUUGGGGUUUGCAGACUUGGUGUCUAUAUACAGUGAACUGUGUGAACUUGGGAAGCCACCUCCUAUCAUAGAUGCUGCAGAUCUGCAAGAAAAUCCAGAGGCUGCUCUGCGUGUCCUCUGUGAAGAUUUAGGCAUUCCAUUUCAGGCCAGAAUGCUGAAGUGGGAAGCUGGUCCGAAACCAAUGGAUGGGGUUUGGGCUCCAUGGUGGUAUAAAAGUGUACACAAAUCUACCUGCUUUAAUUCAAAACGAGAAUAUCCUUUGCCAUUCCCAUCUGAGCAUUAUGAUCUGCUGGAAAAAAGCCUACCUUUCUAUAAUUUAUUGAAGUGCCAUGUGAGGCGAAGCCCGUUCUCUAAAUUAUCACCAGAACUGCCUUUUCCUCGUCUUCCUGUCCCGGAUAAUGAAAAGAUCCUUGUCUGGGUUGGUGAUGAACUUUUACCUCGUGGUAGUGCGAAGGUCUCUGUGUUCGAUUCUGUUGUCCAAGGUGGUGAUGCAGUAUGGGAAGGACUCCGGAUUUAUAAUGGGAAAAUCUUUAAGCUAGAGGAACAUUUAGACCGGUUAUUUGAUUCUGCCAAGGCGUUGGCUUUUGCAAAUAUUCCUGAAAGGGAACAGGUUAAAAAAGCUAUUUUCACUACUCUUAUUUCAAAUGGAAUGCUAGAUAAGGCACAUGUUCGACUUACGUUAACACGAGGGAAGAAGGUCACAUCUGGCAUGAGUCCAGCUUUUAAUUUAUAUGGUUGCACUCUGAUUGUUCUUGCUGAGUGGAAACCUCCAGUAUAUGAUAAUUCGAGUGGGAUAUCCUUGGUAACGGCAACGACACGUCGCAAUUCUCCAAAUAAUCUGGACUCCAAGAUUCAUCACAACAAUCUUCUCAACAAUAUUCUUGCGAAGAUAGAAGGUAAUCAUGCUAAAGCAGCGGACGCUAUCAUGCUUGACCAAGAUGGCUUUGUGUCUGAAACAAAUGCUACAAAUAUUUUUUUAGUGAAGAAAGGCAGUGUGUCCACACCUCAUGCUGAUUACUGUCUUCCUGGCAUAACCCGACAAACUGUAAUAGACCUGGUUAUCGAAGAGAAUUUAGACUUGAAGGAACGGCGCGUCAGUCUGUCGGAGUUCCACACUGCAGAUGAGGUGUGGACCACUGGCACGAUGGGAGAACUCACCCCAGUUGUCAGCAUUGAUGGGCGAACCAUUGGUCAUGGGGAAGUCGGUCCUGUGACUAGAAGAUUGCAAUCUGCCUACAGAUCACUGUCAGCAGAAUCAGGGGUAACCAUACCAGCAUAGCUCGAGGAAGGGCCUCAGACAUCGCCCGUGGCUUAAAACUAUCAACUAUAAUUCACUGCCUGGAUAUUUGGUAUAAGUGGGAUUAUUACUUACGUCAGCAAUCUACUUUGUUUCUUUCAAACGAAGUAAAAGGACUGCCUUUUUUGGGUUUCUGGAUGACAUCAGAAGAUUGGCGUGUGUAUCCCCCGAAUUGUUAGCCAAAGGAUAUUACUGCUGCAUACAUCAAUAGAUUAGCUCCUCAAGUGAACUUUGUUCUCAACAAGAAAAUGUUUUCUUCUGGUUA